UGUAGUUGAAGCGGCGUCCCAACAUGACAGCUCCUUCUUCUGUCUACGUGAUUGACGGCGGCCCCCCCACGGCCCCCCCACUGCCACCCCGAGCAGGCCGGGGACGAAAGUCUGGACGACUGGCUCAAAAUGUUCUCUUCUUGCUGGUGAGCGUGGCCUUAAUUGGCCUCGUCCUGGAGGCCGUGCUCAUCUUCUACCUGCACCCUGAAAGUCCACCUAAGCAAACAUCCGCUUCGUUCUCCAAGCUGAGAGCAGAACAACAUGGACAGUUACUUUCUGACACUUCCAAGGUCUCUCUUUCCAAACCAGUUGCAUGUCUGAUGGACGGGCAGGAUGUAGUCCACGGCCAACAGAUCCUGGACUGGAGCCUGUCACUGCUCCCCGUCCUCCACAAGAUGCACUACUUCCAGAAAAACCGAAGUCUGGUGGUCCAAGAGGAAGGUCUCUACUUCGUGUACUCCAAGGUGUACUUCGUGGACGUGGGCGUGUUCCAUCACUCGGUGGUCAUGCACACCCGCAGACAUAACGAGGAGCGCAUCCCGCUCAUGCAGUCCAGGAAGUAUUCCACCAAGGCGGAAAAAGACUCCAACAGUUUCCUGGGCGGAGUCUUCCACCUCCGCCAAGACGACGCCCUUUUUGUCAAAGUAAGCAACUCCUCCAAAAUCAUCCGCCACAAAGCCUACGAGAACAUCUUUGGUGCGUUUAUGAUAUAACUCAGUCUUGUUGGGCCCUGAAGGGAUAUCCAAAUAUAUUUUUGUUCCUCAGCUGCCGCGGCGAUGCUCAGUUUUACUACACUUUUCUUCCACUGGAGGCAGUAAUGACAAUCUUAAACAAACAGAAGAAGAGAAGUUUCUUUAGCGCAAACAUUAUGACUAAAAGGGAGAAAUUGUAUUUUCAUUUGCAUCUACGUUUUAUUAACAAACAUAUUCAUUAUUAGUUUACUUCAAAUUAUUUCAUAUCUGCUUUAUUGAAUGUCAAUUCAUUUUUAAUUGGUAUAUAUCAUUAGUACUUAAUAUAUUCAAUAUUAAUAUCCUCCAUCCAUCCAUUUUUUUACCGCUUAUUCCCAUAAAAUAUAAAAUAUUAUUGUAAUUAACACAUGGCCUCAUAUUAAUGUACAUGGUUGUAAACUGUAAGUUUGUUAUGAAUAAUUAUUGAAUAUGAUUAAAAUCAAGAGUAAGAUU